UGUUGAUUGUUAUGAUCGAGCUCCUCAUCAACAUUAACACUCGCUAGAUGUAUUAGCGACUUCUCUGUGAUCACAAUCGACUAUGUCUCAUGACUCUCAUCGCAGUGAUAACACGUCUGAGUUUGGCCAUAUUGUGGAGAUCGAGUUAUUGGGUUUUAUCCACCCACACCAUCGUUUCCCCAAACACUCUCUACCAUGAAGCCAAUAGUAGUAUUGUUGUUGUAAAAGGAAUAAUCAUAAUAAAACUUGGAGAAUGGUUGGUCGCGUUGGAACCACAAAGAAGAGGAUGUGGUGGCGGAGCUUGAGGUGGCUGGAUGAGAAAACAUCCGGUUGCAACCCGUUUCGGUUUCUCCUCUUCAACAUGCCGUCGUGGGAUUGAUUUGAUGUUUAUGAUUGGUGACGUUGGAACGGCAAUGAAGAGAUCGAGGAACACAACUCAAGUGGUGCGGAGUUCGAGGUGGCCAGAGGAGGAAGAAACUGGUUGCAACCAAUGAUUUGGUUCUCUGAUCCUCUCUUAAAUGCGCCGCAAUUGGUGGUUAUGGAGGGUGGUGGAGCUCGUAGGUACGGUGGCUAGACGGUCCUUUUGUGACAGGUUCCAUCAUAGAUGGCGUAGGGGCGGACAAAAAAACGGAUCCCCUAUUUGACCCACUGGACUGAAUAGACUCAUCCAAAACAAAAGAAAAUUUGGGCUGAAAGCUCAAUUUACUCUGGGUUGAUGAUACGUACAAAUAGUCCAAGUGGGAGUGAAAAUGAGAAACAGAGCUAUGAGAGGGUGUUAUGAUCAGAAAGAGACCAAACGACAGGAGCACCAACCGUCAACAACGGUCAACCCUCUUUCAAAAAUGCACCAACCUCCGAGCUCUCAAGCAAGUCCAUGCUUCCAUGGUCGUCCAUGGCUUCAAUUCGAACCAUUCCGCUCUCGGAGAGCUCAUUUUCGCCAGCGCUAUGGUGAUUUCGGGCACCAUUGGCUAUGCCCACAAGUUGUUCGAUCAUAUUACUGAACCAAACACCUUCAUGUGGAACACUAUGAUCAGAGGCUCAGCUCAGAGCCUGAAACCACUCAAUGCGGUGGUGUUAUAUACCCAGAUGGAGAAGCGGGGUUCGAGGCCUGAUGACUUCACUUUCCCAUUUAUUCUCAAGGCCUGCACUAAGCUUUGUUGGGUUAAGAUGGGAAUGGGGAUUCAUGGCAAGGUUAUGAGGUUUGGGUUUCAGUCAAAUGCCUCUGUUAGGAAUACCCUCAUUGAUUUUCAUGCUAAAUGUGGGGAUUUGAGGGUUGCGACUGCACUUUUUGAUGGCUCGGCCAAGAGGGAUGUCGUGGCUUGGUCAGCAUUGACAGCAGGGUAUGCAAGAAGAGGGAAGCUGGAUGCCGCGAGGCGGCUUUUCGAUGAAAUGCCUGUUAAGGAUUUGGUUUCUUGGAAUGUGAUGAUUACGGGGUACACAAAGCAAGGGGAGAUGGAGAGUGCGAGGAAGUUGUUUGAUGAGGUUCCGAGAAGAGAUGUGGUGACUUGGAAUGCAAUGAUCGCGGGCUAUGUGCGCUGCGGGUUUAUUGAGCAGGCAUUGCAGAUGUUUGAGGAGAUGACAAGUCUGGGUGAGAAGCCUGAUGAAGUGACAAUGUUGAGUCUGUUGUCUGCUUGCGCAGAUAUUGGAGAGUUAGAAAUUGGGGAAAGGAUACAUUCCUCUCUUCUAGAGAUGGGUUCUGGGGAGAUAAGCAUCAUACAUGGAAAUGCGCUUAUAGAUAUGUAUUCCAAGUGUGGCAGCAUUGAAAGGGCAAUUGAAGUGUUUCAGGGGAUGAGGGAGAAGGAUGUGUCUUCAUGGAAUUCAGUGAUCGGAGGGCUGGCAUUCCAUGGCCAUGCUGAAGAGUCGGUUAAUCUGUUUGAAGAGAUGCGGAGGUUGAAAGUCAGGCCUGAUGGGAUCACAUUUGUUGGAGUCUUGGUAGCUUGCAGUCAUGCUGGGAAGGUUGAAGACGGGCGUGGAUACUUUAGUCUCAUGAGGAAUGAGUACAAAAUCAAGCCUAACAUAAAGCAUUAUGGGUGUAUGGUGGAUCUCUUAGGGCGUGCUGGGCUACUAGAUGAAGCAUUUGACUGCAUUGGAAACAUGGAGAUGCAACCCAAUGCCAUAGUUUGGAGGACUCUUCUUGGGGCUUGUAAGGUUCAUGGAAAUGUUGAGUUGGGCAGACGUGCAAACGAGCGGCUACUUGAUAUUAGAGGAGAUGAGAGUGGGGAUUUUGUACUCCUAUCAAACAUAUAUGCUUCAAGAGGCGAGUGGCAUGGGGCUGAGGAGGUGAGAAAGCUAAUGGACGACAUUGGGGUGAAGAAAGAGCCUGGCUUUAGCAUAGUUGAAGCAGAUGAUAGUGCUCUCAAGCAUUUUUGUUUCUAUUCCAAAUCUAAGUCAAACAGAGGAUGUUAAGUCUCAGAUUGGUGUGUUUAUUCUCUAAUCUCAAUAUUAUGAGUCUUCAAAUUUUUAUACAUUGAAAAUUAUUAGAAAAUUUCAACGUGUAUAGCAGUAGCAGUAAUUGUAGCCUUUGCUCUCACUUUAUAAUUUGUUGCGUCAUUG